AUGGGCCAAUUAAACUUAACAUUUUCUCGAAUCUAUUCAUGUUUACCUACUUACUUUACUUAUAGCAUUCAAUGCGACAAGACAGAUCAUUCAGGGGUUGUUAUUGUCUUCAAUGUCGGAUUGGAUUAUCCACAAAAUUUGUCAUGUCAAACGCUGCCCUGUCAAAUUGAGUUUUUUACUGAUGUUCAUGCAAAAUUCAGCAGUGCGGCGAAUGUCAAUCUCGCAGCGGACGAUGGAAGCAACAUACCUCUUGAACUGUGUCAUGUUCAAUCUUUGGCUGAUGGCAGUAAUCUAAAUAGUAGUAGUUCCAGUGGUAUUGAUGUUAUACCAUGUUCAUCUAUUUGUUUUAAUGGUGCACAAUGCAUAGGUCCAACAACUUGCGCAUGCGCUUCAGGAUGGGCUGGUGACAAUUGCACAACUAUCGCAUGCACAGAUCCUUGCCAAAAUGGUGGCCUAUGCACAGGUCCUAAUAAUUGCACCUGCGUAGGCCCUUGGAGUGGUUUAAAUUGUGCAAUUGGUCAUUUGGUCGAAGGUGGACAACGCCGUAUAAAACAUUUAAAAGUUGGUGAUAAAGUCUGGUCAAUUAACAAUCAUAAUUAUGAACUUGUCAAAGAUGAAAUUAUUUUAAUGAUGCAUAAUGGACCAAAUCAAAAAGUUAUAUUUUAUACAUUUCAAAGUGUCGAAGGUGGUAAAUUUAGUUUAACAGGAGCUCACAAUAUACCUGUAUUUGAUACAAUUGAAAAUAAAAUCAAAAUAAAACGUGCAUCAUUAGUAACUAUGCAAGACCGCUUAAUUAUGUUUGGUAAAACAGUUGAAAUAACAAAUAUAUUAAUAACAAUUGGUCAAGGUUUUUAUUCUCCACUUACGUUAAGUAGUUAUUUAAUGGUUAAUAAUGUAUCAACAUCAGUCUUUUCUGAAAAUUAUAAAGUUUCAUCAAGAACAGUACAUUUAGUAUUUAUACCAAUUCGUAUUUAUUAUCAUAUAACACGAUGGAUAUAUGGAAAUAACUAUAAUCCAUUUGUAGAAAUAGAAGAAGGUUUACAUCCAAUUCCUUAUUUUUAUAAACAACAGCAAGCUAAAAUGAGAUUUGUAUUUUUGAAAUUUCCAAAAUAUUUAUUUUCAACUAUUACUGUUGCCAUUAUUAUACAUUUUAUUCAAAAAUGGACAAUUAAAUUAUUAUCAAAACAUAAAUAA